AUGGCAUUCUCAGAAGGUAUCUUGAGUAGAUACAUGCACUCGCCAAGAACCACUCAUGGCAAUGCACUGAAGCAAGUGUUGAGAUAUCUUAAAGGAACACUCGGGUAUGGUUUAUCAUUCAAGCUAGGAGGAUCAAAGAAGCUCAUUGGGUAUAGUGAUAGUAGUCAUAACACUGAUCCUGAUUAUGGUAGAAGCACAACAGGACAUCUGUUUUGUCUAGGAGAAACGCCAAUAACUUGCUGUUCACAGAAGCAAGACACGGUUGCUCUAUCCUCUUGUGAAUCAGAGUUCAUGGCGGCAACGGAGGCUGGGAAGCAAGCUGUGUGGCUGCAAGACCUGAUAAGUGAGAUCACGAACAGAGAACUUGAAAAGACAUUGAUUCGUGUCGACAACAAAUCAGCAAUUGCACUAUCCAAGAAUCAUGUGUUUCAUCGUCGAAGUAAACAUAUUCACAAGCGAUUUCACUUCAUUCGAGAAAGGAUCGAGCAAGACGAGAUUGACGUGGAACACGUACCCGGAACAGAACAGAAAGCAGAUAUCCUAACCAAGGCACUUGCAAGGAUCAAGUUCAAAGAGAUGAGGGAGCUGAUCAAAGUACAAGACCUAAGUGAAAAUGGAUUGAAGCUUAGAAGGGAGAAUGUUGGAUAA